AUGGCGGGGGCUCCCGUCAGCAACGAACUGGCAUCGAUCGCGGACAGCUUACAGCUACUAAACGAUGCUGUGGUGGGGCAAACGCACGGGCAGCGCGCACAAGGCGUGAGGGAGACGGCGGCCAUGGUUGUAGAGGAGGCCUUCGAGGGCCGGGGCAUCAAGACCCAGGACGCCAUGCACGCGGUCAAAAGGCGCACCAUGCGCGUCGCCGGCGUCACAAUCCACAUCGCCAUCCUGCUCGUGCUGGGCGCCAUAUUCCCAACCGAGGUCCUCACCGCGUCAAUCAACAUCAUUGCGCUCAUGAUCGUGCGCGACGCGAUUGCAUUGCGCGCCGCCACGCCCAUCAACGCCCCUGCCGACGACCUGGAGGCCGCCGCCAAGAUCGAGCGCGAGCUCCGCGCCAUGCCGCCCCCCGCGGACGACAAGACGCCAGCCCUCAACGUUAGAGGCGUACCACGGCGUGGUGCGGGCGCCUCGGCUGCGGGCGCCCGCGCCGGCAAGGGCGCCGAGCUCCUGUCCCUGGCGCAGGCCCUCGCCGCGCGCGUCGCGCCCGUCAUCCUGCACCUCGCAGACCCAGGCGUCCUCAACGUCUUUGGCGUCACCAGCCGCUGGCUUCUUGACACCUUUUCGCUCGGCACGGCAGCAGGGGCACGGCAGGGCCUGCGCUUCCUGGAAUCGCGGCGCGUCGCCAGGGAUCCCAGGGUCCAAACACGCCACGCCAGCCUCAACCACCAGCUGGUGGCGGGCCUGGCAGAAGACGUGGGCAUGCUGCUCGGCGAGGCCAGAGCGCAGCUGGCCUGCGGGCUGCGCUUUGCCUCGGAGGACCAGCAGGCACGGGUGGAAGCUUCCCUGCACCAGCACGUGGCGGCGUCGGCAGACCCUGCCAUGACCUUCCUCUUGUCGCGGAUAGAGCUGCUCCGGCUGGCCGCUGCGCUGGAGGCCAGGUCCCUCAGUGACCAGAUCGUGAAGACUACGCUGCAGGUGGCGCUGCAAUGCGCCGGCGUGCAGGUGGUGGCCGAGCAGGAGUUGGUGCACCAGGGCGGGCCCUACCUGCCGCAGGCCGACGGCGAGUCGGCCGCCUACACCAGGCGCGACCGCCGCAGGUAUGGCCUGACUUCCAUCGACGUGACGCGCGUCAUGUUCGACAGCGCCUCUGGGGUUGCGGUGCCGAUCGCAGCCGCGCUGGUGCACAAGUUCCUGCAGGGAAAGGGCAUGGCGCCCCCGCUGCUGGCCGUGGCGGUGUCAGGCUCGAUGCCGGCAGUCUUCAUGGGUGCAAAAGCCGACGGGGUCCUUCUUGACACCUUCCUUGCCCAGCUGAAAGUCAAGGCUUUUGCAGCAGACAUGCUGAGCUGGCUUGGGGAGGUGCUGAUCGUCGCGCUCGGCCCCAGCCUGCUGCUCGCGCUGGCCACCCUGCACCGCGCCUGCAUCGCGCACGGGUCCUUCAGCACAAGGCAAGGCCCGAGCGCUGACGUCAUCGCCGCCAUGAUCAACGAGGAGGGGGCCGGCCCUUCGACGGUGCUGCACGCCCUGCGGACCCACGACCCGCCCGCCCUCCUAUACAUGAGCGACUUCGGCUGCGUUGCCAGCACGGCCAUGGAGCACGUCAUCGAGGGCGAUGCGCGCCGCUUGCUGCCACUCUACGCGGCCUACCGCGCGCCACCUGAGCAGCGGCGCCAGUUUGUUGAGGACGUUCCUGCGCACCACACAGCGCACGGCCAGGGGGACGUGUGGAGGGCCGCCGCGGCCCUGGCGGACAUCGGGCUGCUUUCUGAGCGGUUCAGCUCAGGCGGCACCGACAUCUUUGACUUUGACCUGCCAGUGGCCGGCCAGCCGUGCGCAGCGUCGCUGAUGCAGCAGGCGGAGCGGGCACGCGUCGGGGUCCAGGAGGGGCUGCAGAGGAUGGGCACGCCGCAGUCGCUGCAGGGCUUGCUGAGGGGGAUGCUCAGCUUGGCGCCGGAGGACCGGCCCACCGCCGCCCAGGCGCACCAAACCCUUGAGCUCCUGCAGCCCGAGAUGCUGGCGCGGUUCGUGCAGGCGGAGGCGCUGGCCGAUGCAGAGGCGGUGGGACGGGCGGCGGCUAAGGCGAGGCAGAUGGGGCAGCUGGGGGCCAGCCACGGGCGCGUGCAGGACGGCGAGCCCACAAAAGCAGGCGAGGAUCUGGGCGGCGCGAUGGCGAACGAGGCGGGCGGUGCGGGUGUGGUUCCCGAGCAUGAGGGCCCGGCGUAUGAUGGCUGGGAGAAAGCGGCAAAACCCUCUGCGGUGGCGCCGGCGGCUGCUGCCACCGGCGUGCCCAGAGAUGAGGUGCUCGCUGCUGCUGCAGCCGACGCGCUGCCGGCGGCAGCGGACGCGCAGGCGGCGGCAACGGGCGCCGCAGAGGCAGAGUUGCUGUCAAUCACGUUGGCGGUUGCGCAGGCGACGGCGCGGGGGGUUGCGCAAGAAGACGCAGUGGCUGCGGCAGUGCGUGUUGCGGCAGAGGCGGCGGGCGCAGUGGUGCUGUUGCGGCAAGUGGUGGCGUCAGGCGCCGAUGCAGGGGAAGCACUGCUAGGCCAGGGGUCAUCGUCGUCGGCGGUGGCAGUGGCGGGGACGGCAGCGGCAACACAGAAGGACCCUGCUGCAGGUCUCCUUGUCACGACGGCGCCCAGCAGCACCGCAACGGCAGGCCGACAGGAGUCCAGUCAGGCGGCGGGCAGCACCAGCGGGGCGGGCGCCAAGGGGUGCUUGAGCACGUGGCAGGAGUCGCGGCAGGGCAGCUGUUCAGUGUUCAGCAUAGCGCAGGAGGCGGUGCAGCUGCUGCCGCAGCAGCAGGGGAAGCGCGCACAGGUGCAGCAGGUGCAAAUCGAGGCGCAGGCACAGGAGCAGCAGCAGGAGAAGGAGCAGGAGGGUCGGGAGCAGGAGAGCAACGACGCGCUCGGGCACAGCUUUGGUUGUGGCCGCACAGCGAUGGGCGUGGAGGCGCCGCGACGCGGCGGGCGGCGAGCUGCAGCCUCAAGGCCCGCUGGUGUGGCCACGUCCGCUGACCAGGGGCCGCCAAUGAGGGAGACGUGCUUGUCGGCAGCAGCGCGCAAGGCGCGCGAGCAGCGGGAGGAGCAGCAGCGGGAAGAGCAGGACCGGCACCAGCAGGAGCACCAGCCCCAGCAGGAUGAGGGAGGGACCAUUGGCAGGGGGAAGGGCAAGAACUUGCCGCGCAGCUGCACGAAGGGGAAGAAGUAA